AUGGGGUUAACCUCAAUCACCAAAUCAAUCGUAAAUUUCCUUACCUGGUAUCUGCCGCCAUUGCCAGCUGGAGUUCAUUCAAGCAACUUGCGACCCGUUCCUUCAAACUCUGACCUUGGUAUGGUUCGAGAAGUUUUUUUAUCUCGGCAGCGAGAUUUAGCAGAUUCACCACUGCUGCAGGCUGUGUUGCAUCUUCGGGUCAGAUUGUUAGCGGUCCGCGAUUGGUUUUAUGUCCUUCAAGAGUGUUUCGAGAGCUUGAAGCUCGUCUCGCAACUCUAUAAGCUCCUUGGGGCAGUUCUUCCAUGA